AUAAAUUUAUAAGGUUUAGCAUUCUUUAGAUAAUUAUUUAAACCAGUUUAUACAAAUGAAAAUGUGGAUUAUUUAGACUUAAGAUUGAGAAUAAUUGAUUAUAAUCAUAAUUAUUCUAGGUAUUUAAAAUUAUAUAAGUCAUUUUUUUUUUUUAAUUGUUUCUUAAUUUAUUAAAAAAUGUCUGAAAAUCAGCCAAAAGAAGAAAAUACACAAAAUGCAUUAUCCGAAUUGUUAGAUGAUGCUCUCAAAGAUUUUGAAAAUACUAAUGAAUCAAAAGCAUUAGACGAUGCAUCAAAAAUACCUGAAGUUACUAAUUUUAGUGCAAGUGAUAACUUUUUAAAAGAGAGUCUUGAAGAAACAAUGAAAUCAUUUAUGAAUAGUGAUCAAGCAGAAUUAGCGGCUGGCCUACAAGAACUAAUCUUAGGAGAUGAAGGAUCUGAAUUACAAACAGUUAUUCAAGAAUCAUUAAAAAGCUUAGCAGAAGCAAAACAAAAUCUACCUGAGGGAAGUGAUAUGACUUCGAUAUUUGCAAAUAUGGGUAUUCAAGAAGAUAUCAGUUUAGAUGAAGAUAUGCUUCCAAUGUUAAUGCAAUUUAUGCAGCCAUUGUUGAGCAAAGAUGUGCUUUAUCCAUCUAUUAAAGAUCUGUGUGAUAAAUAUCCAAAAUGGCUUGAGGAUCAUGAAUCAACAUCUGAUAAAGAAGAAUUCGAAAGGUAUACACAAAUGUUUAAUUGUAUUAAAGAAGUCCGAGAUCAUUUAGAAAAUCAACAAGAUACAGAUGAUGAUAUCACAAAGACUAGGAAGUUUAAAGAACUCAUGGAGUUGUUAAAAAAAAUGCAAGAAUGUGGUCAGCCACCAGAGGAAUUAAUGAGAGAUGUAGCUGAUGGCAAUCCAAUUCCUGAUAAUGUUGGCCAAUGCACUCUUAUGUAGCAAAUGUUUAUUUUGAAAUAUUAUUUUUAUUGAGUCUUGUUUAUUUAUUUAUUAUCAGUUUGAUAAAUGAAGACUGAAUAAAUAUAGGGUAUAGGUGAAAGGGUAGCAGAUUUCACCAAUGUGAAAGGUAAACUUCCAAAGAUACAUACAUCAUAUUGACAUUUUCUAAAUUUGUUAACCUCUCAAAUUCAUAGAUAUUUUUAUUAAUUAUUUAAAUUUUCAACUUAUUAAAUAUU